AUGGUAGAAGUUGUCCGUGGCACGGUAGAAGUUGUUCGUGGCACGGUAGAAGUCGUCCGUGGAACAGUGGAAGUUGUCCGUGGAACAGUGGAAGUUGUCCGUGGAACGGUGGGAGUCGUCCGUGGCACGGUAGAAGUUGUCCGUGGAACAGUGGAAGUUGUCCGUGGAACGGUGGAAGUCGUUCGUGGCACGGUGGAAGUCGUCCGUGGCACGGUAAAAGUUGUCCGUGGAACAGUGGAAGUUGCCCGUGGCACAGUUGUUGUAAAAAGGGCAGCUGAGGUGUGUGCUUUGUGUCCUUGUUCGGAGGGGGCAUUUAAGAAGACGGUUUGUGGGCAGUGGGUUCACCUUGUUUGUGCUCUGAUGGUCCCGGGGGUGGCUUUUGACGAGACUGAGGGGGUCAAUGGAAUCUCUCUGCUGGAAAUGAACUAUUCCUCCUACGGUAAAGGUGGGGAGUCCAUUUAAUCCAAGAAAUGUUCCCUGUGUGAGGAUUGGAGAUAUUCUGGGACUGGAGUGACCAUUCAGUGCGAGUCUGGGCUGUGCAGGACAUAUUUCCACGUUUCCUGGUGUUAUUCCAAAUAUAACGGAAAAAUGUUAAAAUGGGCGGGAAAUAGAUUUAAAUAUAAAUUUGAGAAAAUUUCCAAUUCUUAUAUCAGUGGGUCACUUGAUGGGCUUUUUGGAGUAUUUUCCCGCGAUUUGUCGACCUCCAAAGGAGCCCUAAGCAGAUUGACCAAGAAGGCAGAGCUCAUGAACAUAAACACGGUCUCUAUAAUUCCGUGA